CCCGCGCAGUGUGCCGCGCACUUGACGCGCCGCAGUCGUCUGCCUCCUCACCGCCGCGGGGCUCGCGGCUCGAGGCUCGCGUCCACUCGCACUCGCCCGCUCUACUGUGCACUCUCGUGUCGCCGCGGAGGACAAUAACGCCAAGGGCCAGACCCACGCCGCGCCCCUCUCGUCGGGCUCCGGCCAGGCGCGGCCCCCUCCUCCAGACCGGCCGUCAGUCUCGCUCUCGCCGCCAUGUGGGGAGGAGAGCAGCUCUCGUGGUUCUCGGCGCUCCUGAGCGGCGCGGCGGCCGGGAAGGCGAAGGUGCACCAGGACGGGCCCGCCCGGCACCCGGCAGGUUCGCCCACCACCUUCACCUCGCGAUGGCUCCGGUGGCUGAUCUACAGUCUCAUCUGGCUGCUCGGGGUGCUGGUCGUGCGGCCCUUCACCUUCAUCAGCUUCGUCACCAAGCCGCGCUCCCGGCGGGUGCCCGCCCUCGACAACCCCAUCCUCACCAUGAAGGCCUCCAGCAUCGCUGCCGCCAUCCGCACUCGAAAGCUGCGCGCCGAGGACGUGGUGGCCGCCUUCGUGGAGCGCAUUAAGGCCGUGAACCCCGUGGUCAACGCCGUGGUGGACCAGCGGUUCGCCGACGCGAUGCAGGACGCCCGGGACAUCGACGCCAAGCUGGACGCCGGGGACGAGUCGAUCGCAGACAUGCCUCUCCUCGGUGUGCCCUUCACCGUCAAGGAAUCCAUUGCCGUCAAAGGACUGUCCUUCCGCGGCGGGCAGCCCGUGCGCGACGGCGAGGAACGCUGCGCCCGCGAGGACGCCCCCAGCGUGGCGCGGCUGCGGGCGGCCGGCGCCGUGCCGCUGUGCGUCACCAACACCCCCGAGUCCUGCCUGUGGUGGGAGUCGUACAACGCCUACACCGGCAGCACGCUCAACCCCUACGACACGAGGCUCACGGCGGGCGGCUCGUCCGGCGGAGAGGGAGCGCUUCUGGGCUCUGCUGCCUCCAUCAUGGGCCUCGGGUCCGACAUCGCCGGGUCCUGCCGACUGCCUGCCUUCUUCUGCGGUGUUGCCGGCCACAAGCCGACGCCAGCCGUGGUGCCGUGGAAAGGCCACGCUCCCGAAUGCGACGACCCUCGCUGGCCCAACUUCUUCACGCAGGCGCCCAUGGCGCGCUACGUGUCCGACCUGCCGCUGGCCCUCAAGGUGCUCGCCGGCGACAAGGCGCCCCAGCUCCGGCUGGACGAGAAGGUGGACCUGCGCUCCGUGCGCGUGUACUACAUCGAGUCGGAGCCGUCGAGCGCGUGCAGCGACCGGGUGGGCGCGGAGGUGCGGGCGGCCAUGGCACGGGCCGUGCAGCACCUGCGCGCGCGCGGGCUGGACGUGCAGCCGCUGCAGCUGGCCGGGCUGGAGGACGCGUUCGGCUCGGCGGCCAUCGCCAUGCUGCAGCUGCGCCGCGUGCACACGGUGCACUACGACCCCGCGCGCCCCGACUCCAUGCACCGCGCCUGGCCCGAGCUGUGGCGCUUCCUCACGUGCCGGUCCCGCUCCACCCUGCACUCCGUCAUCGCGGGCGUCCUCUUCGCCAUCGCGACCCGCACCCCCGAGCGCCUGGUGCGUGCUGCCGACGCGCACCGCACCGCCCUGGGCGCGCGCCUCGAGGCGGCCCUGGGCACCGACGCGGUGCUGCUGUACCCGAGCCUGCCCGAGCCCGCGCACCGCAUCGGCCUGUUCUGGUGCAAGCUGCUCAACUCCUCUUACCUCAUGGUGUUCAACGCGCUGGGGCUGCCCGUCACCCAGGUGCCGCUGGGCCUCGGACAGUCCGGUCGACCCGUCGGCCUCCAGGUUGCAGCAAAUAAGUACCAGGAUCGCCUCUCACUAACAAUAGGUCAGGAGCUUGAAGCAGCCUUUGGCGGAUGGGUUCCACCACCAAGCAAAGAGUGACCAGUGCAGACCUCUCAAAACCUAUGGAUAUUUUUUUUUAAAAGCAAGUUAUUGUGAUAUGAACAGAUACUAUGUACAAAACAUUUUUUGUUUCCUCAUUUGUUGGCAAGUGAAGGAAAGCUUGAAGCUUCCCCAGGGUAUUAAUUUGCACAUGUGAUACAGUAUGUAUUUUGUAUAUUAAUAAGAAAAAAAUGCUAAUUUUAAUUUAAAUAAAUAUGUGAUAAUUAUAUUUUGUUUUACGAAAUUAAAUGAUCUUUUAAGCAAUAA